AUGGCGACACCAUUUGCCAAUGUCUAUCAUUUGCGAACCGUGGCAGAGGCGUCUUCUAAAGCCUGCUACGUCUGCCAUAAACCUACAGCCAAGGUGCUCAUAACACCUGACAAUAAGGACUUUUUCUACAUAUGUGUCUCCCACCUCAAUGAUAGAGGGUUUGCCUCGCCCAUCGUCGAUCAGGAAGCUGAAGCCGCCAAGAAGCGGAAAGAACUGAUGGACCAAGAGAUCGAGAAGAUCAAGCAAGAAUAUGAAGAGAAGCAGCGGAAAAAGAAAGGCAAGGAGAAAGGCAAAGAGAAAAAGGACGAUGAUGACGACAGUAAGGCUGAGAAGGAAAGGGAUGACAAGGUCUGUUUUUGGUCGACAGAUACGAAGCUCAGCUCGUCCGGUUCUGACAUCCUUCAGAUCAAGGCUGUCCAAUCUGGAGCCAACUCCGAUGACAAAGCGGAUGCAGCCUCGGCUGCUCGCGUGUAUGCACUGCACAGAAACUUUUAUCAAAUGAGAAUGGAUAGAGUUCGGAAGCUGGAACAGGCAAGAAGAAACCAACAGCGGAUGAAAGACCCGAAUCUGUUUCCUGCCGUUCCCAAAGGAGAUAUCGCUUGA